AUGGAUUUCGCCGCCGGUCUUUCUGCGGACCUCUCCGCGGCGUUGGAGGUGGACGUCGUGGAGGACCGUCCGGAGACAGGCGAACGGCACGUGUGCGUGCGACCCGUAGCGGCCAAAAAAGUGGAGUCCGUGGACAUCGAUGCCGUUCAAGGCCCUGAUCCCAACAUAGCCUACGACUGGUUCCAGAAGACCGCCUUCGCCUGCGUCGAGGGCGCUGACCCUGCGGUGGCCCCGACAGCUGACUCCGUACUGGUUGCGGCGCCAACCUCAGCCGGGAAGACGGCUGUGGCCAUGUACGCCAUCCGCCGUUGCAUGGCACAAGGCCGGCGCUGCGUGUACACCGCGCCCAUCAAGGCACUGUCCAACGAGAAGUUCGGAGACUUCGUCCGGGAAUUCUCGGCCGAGGAUGUGGCCUUGCUGACGGGCGAUGCCAGGGCGGGUCGCUUGGAAACCGCCAAAAUUGUGGUGAUGACCACGGAGGUCUUGGUGAGUCUCCUACACAAUGAGGCCAUGCUGGAUGAAGAGGUUGAAGAUAAGUCCUCCCGAAGUGCCUUGAUGCAAUCCUUGUCCUGUGCAAUUUUUGAUGAAAUUCAUUACAUCGCGGAUGAGGAGCGUGGAACAGCCUGGGAGGAGUGCAUCAUUUUGCUGGAGCGGCAUGUGCAGCUCAUUGGACUGUCAGCCACGGUCCCCAACUUCCUUCAUCUCGCGGCAUGGAUCGCGCAGACACGCCAUGCGAGAUGCCACGGUAUUUUCAGCCGCCGUCGGCCAGUGCCCUUGGUGCAUGGAGUGGUGCCAUGCCCUCCAGCCACAUUGGUGGAAGUCACAGCAGCGCAUGGUGGGUUCAAACGGAGAGAGUACCAGGCAGCUGUAAAAUCCCUCCCGAAACCCAGUGAGAAGAUCGACGAAGGGGACCGGGGGAAGGAGUUGGUGAAGAUAGUCGAGGCUUGCAAAGAGAAGGCACAACUGCCCUUGAUCGUUUUCUCUUUCUCGCGGAAGGAGGCGGCCAAGAUGGCCCGGCAGCUGGCACCUUCGGUGAAGCUCAAGGACCAAGCGCGAAGGCAGAUGCAGGAUCAGCUGGAGAUGGUUGUGACCAAACAGCUGAAAGAAGAAGAUAGACAACUUCAGUCGAUCCGCGAAUGUCAAUUCCUCCUCAGCAGGGGCGUCGGACUGCAUCACGGAGGGAUGUUGCCGGUUCUGCGUGAAAUCACGGAGAAGUUCUUCAAGGAGGGCUUGAUCCGCGUGCUCUGCACGACCGAGACGUUUGCGGUGGGGGUCAACAUGCCCAGCCGCUCCAUCGUCUUCAAUUGGGUCGCCGGGAACGAGUUCCACAAAUUCGACGGCACGGAGCAACGAGAGAUCUUCGUCGCCGAAUACAUGCAGAUGGCCGGUAGGGCCGGAAGGCGCACCAAGGACAAGCGGGGCAAUGUGUGGAAUAUCAUCACCAGAAAGUACCCUGCAACCUUGGUGAAGAAAUUCGCGGUGAGCAAUCGGAUCGAACCAGUGGAGUCCAAGUUCAACCUCUCCUGGCCGCUGAUCUUGCGGUGUCUGCGCUCAGGGGGUGGCGUGCUGUCAGUGAUGUGCAUGCAGAAUUUCAUGCAAUUCCUGACGGGCAGUGCUUCCAACUCCAUCUUCCAAGAAGAGUGUGACCAGAAGUUGGAGGCGCUGAUGUCCCAAGGCUACCUCGAAGAGUCCCGGCGUUUGACCCGCAAGGGACGCGCUGCAGCGUUUCUGCAGGUGGCGACCCCUGCUUUGCUCGGCUAUAGGCUGUUGGAGAUGCCAAAGCAGCUCUUCUGCAGAUCCAUCAUCGAUCACCUGGUGGCUUUUUUGUCAUGCUUCGUGAAUGACCUGGAAGAACCCGAGGAGGUCCAAACGGACGAUGCCUUCGAUGUUUUCUGGAAAUGGUGCGAGGAUGAGCUGCAAGCACUCGACCCCAUCCUGAAGACGUGUGACCAGUGCACCGGCGCCUCGCUGCUGAAUCAGCUGCGUCGCCGCGCCACCUUCGUCUCCGCCACGCUGCGUUGGAUGCGCGGCGACAGCUUCGAGGAGUGCAGCGACGCAGCGGGCGGCAGCGAGUUCGAUGGCAUCCUGGCGCGGGUGCUGCGGAGGACGCAUCUCAUGCUGAAACAACUGGACUUGGCUUUUCAACUGUUGGAGGAGACCGAGCUGGCCGGCCAGCUCCGGGAGGCUCACCAGCGGCUGCACCGGGGAGGCUCGGCCAGGCAGUCGCUGCCGUUUUUGGAAUCGCUGUAUCUACCGCUGUCCUUUGAGCCGGACACCUUGGAUCCAUCCUUUUUGCGGCAACAGGGACUGCUGUGCCUUCUGAGUGAGGAGAAGCCAUGCCCCUACAAAGUGGGCGAGGUGGUGCAAAUGUCGCCCCAAGACAUUGGCUUCAGCCAUUUUUCCAUCUCGGCACACUUUAGGAACAAGACAAGCCUUGCAUCUACUUUGCGCCAGCUGAUCAACAGAGAGAUUCGGAAGGAGGACAUCGAAACGGUCCAGGUCUACUGGACUGAGAACAAGUUUUGGUGCUUGUCGAACCGGCGCCUGGCAGUUUUCAGGCUGUACCAACAGUUCUGCCCAGAAGACGGAGCUCUGAUCCCUGUUGAGGUGGUGGGAGAUGAAAGAGCGAAUGAAUGGGGUUUCUGGACCCUCUGGACCACCGGCCUCUGGCGCGGCCGCCGCGCCGUGCUGCGGGCCACCUCCGAGAUGAUCGGCCGCACCAAGGAGGAGACCUACUUCUUUUCGGUGGAUGAGAGCCCUGCAGCGCCUGAGGAGUUCUCCACUGAGACAGGCUACGAGCGGGCCGAGCAUCCACCGGACAUGCCCAUCUCGAUGGAACAAGAUACGAAUGCCGAGUCCGAUGGUGGUGACCAGGCUGCGGAGGAGGAUGCUGAAAUUCUGGAGAUGGAGGAGUUUCCAGUUGCCCUCGAUGGCAGCCAGGUGGCAAAGUUUUUAAUCAACAGAGAGCUGGAUGAGGCGAAUGCAGCAUCCGAGUAUGCAAUCUCAAAAAACUCUUCCAGUUGGGACCUGCUUCCUGCGCGAGAGCGGUGGGAUGUUGAUGUGAACACGCCCAUCCCUGACAAGUUUGGGAACAUUCAUGAGUACAUGAAAAGCUUUGCCGUGCCACUGCUGGAGGAGCUCCGGGAAGAUCUUCGUGGAAGUUUGGAUUCGACCCAGCUGAACCUGGACUUUUCGAGCGAGGCCGUGCGGCUGCUGACCUUCGAAGAUGCGAAGAAGAUGGAGCUGAAGCUGGUUCCCCUCAUGCCCCCGUGGUUUCGCCGUGUGCCCAACUCGCAGAUCAUGGUGGUGAUGAACGCCUCCUGCACAGGUCCCGCCCGUGCGGGUGCGGCACCGCCGGGGCAGAUGAGCCUUCUCUACGAGGACGGUUCCCUGGAGCAGAUCAAAGCCAUCAGUGAUGGGCUGGAAGGCUCUGGCCAAACAGCAAGCAACUUUCUGGUGCAGGAAGGAGGUUGCUACCGCUUUGGGCUGGUGCACACCACCCCGAAGAGCAAAUACGCUCUUCUGCUGGUGACGCAGAGGGGGGAGCUUCCCAGUUGCACCGCAUUCGAGGAGAAGGAACUUCAUUAUGAGAGGCGUUCACAUGCCAUUUGUGACAUCAGCCUAUCCCAAUUCGGUGACAAGGUCCAGUGGGUUCAUCCGGAUGGCAAGGCCUGGGGCCUCGGAGUUCGCGAGGGCAUGGAGGUUAUGAAGCUGGAGGGCUGGGAUGACGAUGGAGAUGCUGUGACGCUUGUGGUGAAAGGUCAUGCACGACGGUGGCGCUUGGCGCUGUUGCAGUGUAACGUAAUGUCGGCCCUCCGAAUUGCGUCAGCCUUGGCAGAACCCAAUCAGCAUCACCCUGUGUUUUGGCAGAAGCAAAUUUCUGGCAAUCCAGAUCGUGAGAGCACCGUCUUCGGCAGCGUGUCGGAGGAAAGAUGUGCCGCCAUGCGCUCGGUGGAAGAUUUUGCAGCGAUGGGUCUGAACCAAUCGCAGGCUGAUGCUGUGAACAGUCUUGUGCAAUGUCCCUAUGGUGUGCAGUUGGUACAAGGACCUCCAGGCACCGGCAAGACGCACACUUUGAGUGUCCUCCUGCGAGAAUGUGCAAGGCUGGCCUUGUCUACCGAAGAGGAGGCUCCUGAAAUGUCGAACCAUCGGAGCCGAAGGAAGGAACAGGAAGAGCAGCAGCGGGCUGCGAAACGCCAACGACAUGCCAAUCGGUGCCUCGUUUGUGCGCCCACCAACAUUGCGGUGAAAGAGGUCCUCAGCCGCAUGCUGGAGAAACUGGAGUUGAAGGAGCUGCGUGCGCAGGUGACAUUGGUCGCUACAGAGGAUCGAGCAGAUGUGAAAUUGGAAGAUGAGAUCUCCGAUGCCUCCUCAGUGCUGUUGGACCACCGGAAGAAGCGAAUCAAACGCAUGGCGCGGUUUUGGUUGGGCGAAGGCUUUGUGAAGGGAAAACCGCACUUGCGGCAACCCCCAUGGGCUUGGAAAGCGCAGUCCGCCUUGGCCAAUCUGAUUGAGGAUUUGCCCAGAGCAUACCAAAAGGAGCUGGGGAGCGGGGCUGUUUGGAACCCUAGAGAGCUCUUGGAGUUUCUGAGACAAAGACUCGAGAUGUUGCGUGGAAAGCUGAUAAACCAAAAGGCACGCCUUUCAGAAGAAGUGGCUCUUGACACUGAGGAUUUUCCUCCUGUCAUCAGAACCAAAAAAGAUCAAAACCGCCUAGAAGUGGAGGCUUUGAUUUGCCAGCAGCUGUGCGACUUUCGGGCAGCGCUGGAGGCUUUGAGCAACUCCCUCCAAACACUUCUUGAGGACUUUGCUUUCAAGGAAGAUGAGCUCCAGAACUUCAAGGUGGAGCCACCCUCAGAGGUGGAAGCCACUCCAAGCGCAGCGAGCGCAGUUUCGGAAGCGGCUCCAGCUCAAAAUCAGUUCCUGUUCACAGAGGCUGAGCGCAAACGAGCCUACAGAUGUGUGAGCUGGACCGAAGACAGUGCAUGCUUGGAGGAGCUAGCCAACAUUUUGAAGCUCUCAAAAGAUGAAGCCAAGGAUCCUGAGAAAAUGGAUGCGGCAAGGAAGAGGCUCAGUAUGCUUUUGCACCCUGACAAGGCCCCAGAGGAUCUGAAGGAGGUGGCCACUGGCGCUUUUCAAAACUUGGGCCAAGCCAUUGACGCCAUCCGGAAAUACCUGGAGCUGCCACCGUUGGAUGGGUCCUUUCGUCCAGGGGCGCCUCGCAGAGAGGCGCCAGCAGGCAACGUGGUCAACGUGGUGACUCCGCAUGCCAUGUUGAAGGCGCUGUUGACUCAGGAGACCUCGGAUCUCUUGGAGAAAGUGUUGGAAGACCAUGCCGAGCUGCGCAGGGCCAGUGGCAAAGUGAGGACAGCGACAUCAACGUACAUGAAGAGUAUGUUGCUCCGACGCUGCGCAGUUGUUUUUUGCACACUGACUGUGGCAGGGCGGCAAACAAUUUCGGCACAGCAAUUCCCCACGCUGCUGGUGGAUGAAGCCUGCCAAGCCUGUGAGGCAGAGACCCUUCCGGCCCUGUGCACCACGGUGCAACGCAUGUUCCUAGUGGGGGAUCCGCGGCAGUUGCCAGCCACCAUUGCGUCGCCCAACGCCAAGAAGGCGGGCUAUGGCAGAUCGAUGUUUGAACGGCUUGAACUGCUUGAGAUGGAGAAAAACCUCUUGGACCUCCAGUACCGCAUGGAGGAACCCAUACUGAGCUGGUCCAACGAAAGCUUCUAUGAACAGAAGAUCCGCACCGCGGAGUGUGUCUUGCAGCGCCCAGACUGCAGCGAGGAGUCGGCGGUGCGAGCGCGACAUCCGCAGGAGCAGCACCGUUUUGGACCCUUCCGGCUGUUUGACACGAGCAAACAAAAGGAUUGGGUCGAAAAGCAGGUGCGCUUCUCUUUCGAGAACGAAGGGGAGGCAAAAUUCACCCUACGACUGCUGCAGGAUUUCUUUGAGAUCUGUCGCCCGCCCGAGGGCAUGACUGUGGGCAUCAUAACCCCGUACCGUGCUCAAGUGGAUCUCUUCGAGCGCCUGUUGGAGAUAGCAGCGGGGUGCCUGCGCAGUCCACAGGUCACUGUGGCCACAGUGGAUGGCUUUCAGGGGAAUGAGCGAGACAUCAUCAUCAUUUCCACUGUAAGGUCGGGUGGCAGCAUUGGCUUCAAUGCUGAUGAGAGAAGGCUGAAUGUGGCGGUUACCCGAGCCAAGCAUCGAGCCUGGAUCGUCGGCAACAUGGACACCCUUUAUGGGGGACAGUCCAAAGGCAAUGUGUGGCGCGGGCUGCUGGCCUUCGCUAAGCUCCGUGCCUGGGUCCUCCCGGCAGAGCCGUCUGGUUCUGCGGCCGCUGGUGCUGCGGGGGUGCAGCAGGUGAAGGAGCGGCCGCUGCAGCAGGAGGGCUGUUACUUCCAGAAGCUGCGGGAGGAAUGGGAGGAACAAAAGGAGAUUGGCUACCUGGUGGAGCGAUUGCAUGACAGUUUCUGGCAGCCGUUUUGCCGUUUGUGCAAUAAGUUCAGCGAUUGGGACCACCUUGAAAGCAGUCAGCACAAGGAGAACAAGCAGAAACCUUGGCAGUUGUUGGCCCUUUCAACCCAAGAUGAGGGCUUCCUCGUGUCCCUCCAGCUUUCUGGUGCUGAGCCGGGGUUCUCCUUGAGGAAAAAAGGUGGUCACCUGGAGGUGUGCAACCUUGAAGAUGGCUCAUUGUUGGCACAGUGGAAUGAUGAUGUGCCCCUGACCCAGCUGCCCUGGGUGGCCGUGGAUCGUCCAAGGGUGGAGGUUGGCCAUCGGAUCUUGGAAGUGGAGGGCUUGGUGGGGAACCAGGCCUUGGCCAUGGCGCAACGGGAUGCCCACAAGUUGCGCAUGACGGUGGCCCUGCCAGGUCCCGAGGAUGCUGAGGACGAUGCUGAGGAGAGUGAGCCGCCCGAUGUGGCAUCCGUCGAUGCCGUUGAACCUCCUUCCUGGUCUGAACCGCCUUGGCUGCCCUUGGGAGGUCCAGGGUUUAGAUGGGAGGCACUGUGGAGUGGCAUCAGAGGAAAAAGCGGGCAAGGAACCGACACAGAAGAAGUGUGCUUGCUCAACCAGGGUGAUGUGGUAGUUCAGGCUGCCAACUACGUUCGUUUGAGCAAUGGCCUGGUGCGAAUGCCAAUCCGCACAAUCUGCGAAGACUUUCACAGGGACAUUUGGGUCACCCUUGAUGCCCGAGGGGCUGACUGUGCGACGGGAAGGCUUUUCUUCAGGCAGUUUGCUGCUUUGGGCUCUGCAAACAGUUUGUGGCGAGUCUGUUCAGCACGAGUCAUCAUCCGGAACGGACCUGACUUAGCGUCUGAAUCGUGUGACGAGAUCGUCCCUGGUGCAGUGGUGACACAGGCCUUCGAGUGCCAGUGGGUGGAUGAGUGCUUGCGGAUGCCCAUCAAGAUGGGUGCAACAGUUGGGUGGGUCACAGUGGACGCCCGCCUCAAAGGUGGCCCUUUGUUCUUCGAGUUUCUGGCACCUCCAACAGAUGGCAGAUGGCGAGCCCUUAAGCCCGCCCGGCCCCGUGCUGCUUCGAAUCUGGAGUCAUCCGUGCUGCUGCCCAAUGUGAAGCAGGGUGAUAUUUUUUUCCAAAAUGGCCCCUGGAAGAUUCUGGAGGAUGGGAAAGUAAGAUUGCCCAUCCGCCGAACUCAGGGGGAAGCUUGGGUGAUGCUGUUAUCCGAAGGCCGUGCACCUGAAGCUUGGUUUGAACUCGUUGGCAUGAGCAAUGCGAGAGCAAUGUGAGAGAUUGAGUUUUAACUUCUUUAGUGUUGUUGUAGUGGCCGUGGUGUUGUUGUCCUGCCUUGCAUCGAGCACCUGGAUGAUCUUGAUGCUGCGAUGUCGCGAUCUCGAGACGGCAGGAGAAGAAAA